GGCUGAUGGCGGGGGGCGGGGCGCGGCGAGCAGCGGCUCUGGGCCUGGCGCUGCGGCUGCUGCUCGGCCUCGGGCUGGGCCUGGACGCCGCCCCGGCCGCGACCCGACCCUCGGCCCAGGCCCCAGGCCCCAGCGCAGGCUCGUGCCCGCCCACCAGCUUCCAGUGCCGCACCAGUGGCUUCUGCGUGCCCCUCGCCUGGCGCUGCGACGGUGACGCGGACUGCGCUGACGGCAGCGACGAGCAGGAGUGCAGGAUGGAGCCUUGUGCCCAGGAUGGGGGGUGCCCGCCACCCUCUGGCAGCCCCUGCUCUUGUGACAGCAUCGAUGACUGCGCCAAUGGCAUCGACCAGAACCUUCAGAACUGCAGCCACCAGCCCUGUCCCGCCGGGGAGCUCCGCUGCCCACUGGGCGGUGCCUGCAUCCCACGCACGUGGCUCUGCGAUGGCCACCCGGACUGUCCCCACUCUGGCGAUGAGCUUGGCUGUGGAACCGAGACCCUCCAGGAAGGGACCGCCACGUCCAUGGGGAGCCCUGUGACCCCGGAGAGUGUCACCUCUCUCAGGAAUGCCACAGCUACCUCUGUUGGGGACCUGGACUCGGUCCAGCCUGGAAACCGAAGUGUCUAUGGGGCUGUUGCAGCUGCUGUGCUGCUAAGUGCAGGUCUGGCUGCCAUUGCCCUGCUGGUGUUGUCCCGGCUCUGUGCCUGGGGGCGCCUGGACCCGCUGGGGCUGCUGGUGGCUGUGAAGGAGACCCUGCUGCUGUCAGAGAGGAAGACCUCAGUGCUCUAAGGACAAGCUCUUGUCGUCACGUCGCCCGGGCCCUGAGUGUGGCAGCUAUGGGGACACGCACACGGCUGCUGGCACACCUGCCUUCAGACAUGGGUACUGGCCACACAGCGCCAUGGACCUGAGCUCCUGCAGACGUGGCCCUGGAGGUUGGAGGUGCCCGGAUCCUUCCCCUGGAUGCAGGGAGCCUUGAAUGCGGAACACGCCGCAGCUGGAACUGAGGGGCUGGCCCCAGGCCACUCCCCGGGGUGGCCCUGUUCUUAGGGACUCUUGCUGCGCCCGUCGGAGGGUUGUGAUUAAAGUUACUUCACAUCCUCUGCCUACCUCUGGGCCUCUGUCUCCCU